AUGCCUUUAUAUGGACUUUAUAUCCUUGCUCCUCUGAUACUGCCAUUUCUCUUGGUCUAUUUUUGUUUGGGAUACAUCAUUUAUCGCAACCAGCUGUUAUAUGUUUAUGUUCCUAAAUUCGAGACUCGAGGAGAAUUUUGGCCUACAGUGCACAACUACACAAUUUUUUCAUUGAUACUAAUGCACAUAAUUGUAAUUGGGAUAUUUGGGAUGAAGAAGCUUCCAAUAGCAUCUGGCUUGAUUCUUCCUCUUUCUAUUGCCACACUUCUUUUCAACGAGUAUUGCCAGAAACGAUUCUUUCCUAUAUUCCAGGCUUAUCCCGUUGAAUGUUUGAUCAAGAAAGAUAGAAAAGAUCAAAAUAAUCCCAACAUGUCUGAGUUUUAUGAUAAGUUGACCAAAGCAUAUAAUGAUCCAGCUCUGAUGCCAAUCAAGUAUUCUGGAAGGUUUCGCAGUCGCAGGACUCCCCUACUUAGCUCCGAGUCUCAAAAAAGCGUUCGGGAGAGUCCAGCACAAGACAUGCUUGUAUAA